UAUCUAAACUAAAUCUUUACCGAUUUUAUCAAACCUAUCUACACUUCAACCACACACCCGCGUUCUUCCAAUUCCCGAUUGACAUAUACCGUCCCCUUUUUGCGUUUGUUCGUUAUAGAAGGGCAGACUAAGCGAGGAGUCAGUAAAGUACGCUAUGCUGACCAGUCGUUUAAUACCGCGGACCGUUGUCCGAUCUGCUUUCCGCUCUCCCUCAUCUCUACCUUCAGUCAUCACCCCGUCGUCGCGAUGGAGAAGAGGAUAUGCUACUGAAGCCGAUGAGAAAGAUCUCGUCAUCAUCGGCGGUGGCGUAGCCGGAUACGUCGCAGCUAUCAAGGCUGGGCAGGAAGGGCUAAAGGUCACCUGCAUUGAGAAGCGAGGCGUGCUCGGCGGCACUUGUCUCAACGUUGGCUGUAUCCCUUCGAAAUCCCUCCUUAACAACUCCCACCUAUACCAUCAGAUCCUCCACGACAGCAAGCCUCGCGGUAUCGAAGUCGGCAAUGUCCAGCUCAACCUGGCAGCUAUGAUGAAGGCAAAGGAUAGCUCCGUCACCAGUUUAACUAAGGGUAUCGAAUAUCUUUUCAAGAAGAAUGGUGUCGAGUACAUCAAGGGAACCGGCUCUUUCGCCAGCGAACAUGAAGUCAAGGUCCAACUAAACGAUGGUGGCGAGACAAGCGUGGUCGGCAAGAACAUCCUCAUCGCCACUGGCAGUGAAUCCACACCCUUCCCCGGGCUCGAGUUCGAUGAGAAGCGCGUUGUCACAAGCACCGGUGCCUUGUCCCUCGAGAAGGUUCCUGAAAAGAUGAUCGUCAUCGGUGGUGGCAUCAUUGGUCUUGAAAUGGGUUCUGUAUGGUCGAGGUUGGGUGCCCAAGUUACAGUCGUGGAAUUCCUGGGUCAGAUUGGUGGCCCCGGUAUGGACGCCCAGAUUGCCAAGGAGGCGCAAAAGGUUCUAAAGAAGCAGGGAAUGGAAUUCAAGCUUGGUACCAAGGUCGUCAGUGGCGACCCCAGUGGUGAGAAGGUCAAGUUGGACGUGGACUCUGCUAAAGGUGGCAAGCCCGAAACUCUCGAGGCGGAUGUCGUCCUUGUUGCCAUCGGCCGCCGCCCAUACACCGCCGGGCUCGGUCUGGAGAACAUCGGCCUAGAGAUCGACGAGCGAGGCCGCGUUGUAAUCGACUCCGAGUAUCGCACCAAGGCCUCGCAUAUCCGCUGCAUUGGCGACGUUACAUUCGGACCAAUGCUUGCGCACAAAGCUGAGGAAGAGGCCGUUGCUGCUGUCGAAUACAUUAAGAAGGGUUACGGUCACGUCAACUACGGUGUCAUCCCGUCCGUCAUGUACACGUACCCCGAAGUCGCAUGGGUGGGCCAGAAUGAGCAGGAACUCAAGCAACAGAACAUCCCAUACAAGAUCGGAACAUUCCCCUUCAGCGCCAAUUCGCGUGCCAAGACUAACCUGGACACCGAAGGCUUGGUCAAGAUGAUUGCGGAUCCCGAGACAGACAGACUCUUGGGCUGCCACAUUAUCGGACCCAACGCUGGCGAGAUGAUUGCCGAAGCCACCCUCGCCUUGGAAUACGGCGCGUCAACAGAAGAUAUCGCGCGCACGUGUCACGCCCACCCGACGCUAGCGGAGGCGUUCAAGGAGGCGGCUAUGGCAACCUACUCGAAGGCUAUCCACUUCUAAGCUGUGUAAAUAUAGAGUGGGUAGAAGGGAAACAAAACAUUCGGAGGGUUAGCAUCGGUGUAAUGGUGUACAUUAAUACAGCAUGAGGACAGAGUGAGGUAUCUAGUGAAGAGUUUUGAUCGACCUGACAAUUGAUAGAAAAGGUAUGUACCUAUACCAUGAUGUCUUUCAUUUAUCAGUAGCGAUUCACUGUCGAGCUUGAAUGUCUUUUCUCGUGCUAGUAGUGUCCAUAUUAGCCGACCCUUUAGCAUUCGCAUCUACCAUGUGGCUGAAGCCCGGAUGGCUUUUUUCCCUUGGGUCGGCAGACGUGUACCUAUAUAAACAUCUAAAUUACACGCGAGUCAAAGUAGGUGAUCAUUGUAAAGGAGACCAGAGCAGUCUUCCUUUUCGCUGGCAUGCAUGUUUAGGUGCACGUGAUUACAGA